AUGUCAAGCAUAGUUUCAAGUCCUGGUAUCAAGGACGCAGAACUAUUGGUGUCAAAGUCGACAUAUCUGAGACCUUAUGUUUGGCCAUUCACCAUCAUCUAUCCCAUCUUUUUACAAUUAUACUUGAACCAUUAUGACACUUAUUUUGGCGGUAGAGAAUGGACUUUUGUCUACACUAUAGCUAUAGUAUCAAUCAACCUAUUAUUCUGGUUAAUGCCUCACUGGAACAUCGAUAUCAAUUCCAAGUUCAACUAUACCAAAGUUGACACGAUUGAAGAUGCAACUUUUAUUAAAAUUACACCAGCACCCAAUUCAGGUGUCGGUGAAAUCAGCUCUAUUAACCGUGAAACUUUCCACGAUGGGGAAAAGCAAACGAGUUUCUUGUACCAAAAGAGAAGGUACUUGUACCACCCUGAAUCAAAAAAGUUUUCUCCACCCGAGUUUUCCUUUGAUUCGUUGCCCAAAUUGAAUGUUUAUCAAGCUACAAAAGGGUUGAGCGGAGAUUUGCAAAAACAGUACAGAAACUAUGGGUUGAACAAGUUUGAUAUUCCAAUUCCUACAUUCUUGGAGUUAUUUAAGGAACAUGCCGUGGCUCCAUUUUUUGUUUUCCAGAUUUUCUGUGUUGCCCUUUGGUGUAUGGAUGAACAAUGGUACUAUUCCCUUUUCUCGUUAUUCAUGUUGGUUUCGUUUGAAAUGACAACUGUUUUCCAAAGAAGAACAACCAUGUCCGAGUUUCAGAGUAUGGGAAUCAAACCAUACGAUAUUUAUGUUCAUCGUGAUAACCAAUGGAACAAAAUCUCCACCACGGAUUUGUUACCAGGCGACUUGGUCUCAAUCACCAGAACUAACGAGGAUAGUGCUUUGCCGUGUGAUUUGCUUUUGGUUGAUGGUUCAGCAAUCGUGAAUGAAGCAAUGUUGUCGGGUGAAUCGACGCCAUUGUUGAAGGAAUCAAUCAAGUUGAGGCCAAGCGAAGACAAUUUGCAACCAGAGGGGUUCGAUAAAAACUCAAUCUUGCAUGGUGGUACCCUGGCCUUGCAAGUGACCAAGCCAGAAAACUCCAUUGUUGGACCUGCUCCUGAUAACGGGUCUCUUGCUGUGGUUACCAAGACCGGAUUUGAAACUUCUCAAGGUUCGCUUGUUCGUACAAUGAUCUUCUCCAGUGAACGUGUAUCGGUGGGAAACAAGGAGGCAUUUUUGUUUAUUUUGUUUUUGUUGGUAUUCGCCAUCAUUGCCUCGUGGUAUGUUUGGACUGAAGGAACAAGAAUGGGUAGAAUUCAAUCAAAAUUGAUCUUGGAUUGUAUUAUUGUCAUCACUUCGGUUGUGCCACCAGAAUUGCCUAUGGAAUUGACCAUGGCGGUGAAUUCGUCAUUAUCAAAGUUGCAAAAAUUCUACAUUUACUGUACUGAGCCAUUUAGAAUCCCAUUAGCUGGUAGAAUCGAUGUUUGUUGUUUUGAUAAAACUGGUACUUUGACCGAUGAGGACUUGGUAUUUGAAGGAUUGGCUGGUUUCAAAGACGAUGAUAUCCAUCAUUUGUACAAAGCUGCUGAUGCCCCAACUACGACUUCCUAUGUGUUGGGGUCGGCCCAUGCUCUAGUUAAGUUGGAUGAUGGUGAUGUUGUUGGUGACCCAAUGGAGCAAGCGACCUUGAGUGCAGCUCACUGGAAUGUUGAAGCCAAUGACACUGUUGAAAGAGUAAAUGGUAAAAAGACGGAAAAGAUUAAAAUUUUACGUCGUUUCCAAUUCUCAAGUGCCCUUAAAAGAUCUUCAACCAUUUCGUCCAUCAAUUCUGUCCCAGGAAAGAACUUUGUUGCUGCUAAAGGUGCACCGGAAACGAUUCGUAAGAUGAUUGUUGAUGCGCCUGAUCAUUAUGAAGAGAUUUACAAAUCUUUCACUAGAUCUGGUUCAAGGGUGUUGGCUUUGGCAUACAAGUACUUGGACACAAAUGUCAAUGUCAAUAAGGUCAAACGUGAAGAAAUUGAAUCGAAAUUACACUUUGCUGGGUUUAUUAUCUUCCACUGUCCAUUGAAGGCUGAUGCGAUUGAAACUAUCAAGAUGUUGAACGAAUCAUCGCAUCGUUCAAUUAUGAUUACUGGUGAUAACGCUUUAACUGCCUGUCAUGUGGCUAAAGAAGUGGCAAUUACCACCAAGGACGUUUUGAUUUUGGAUGUUCCUGAAGAACACCACGAUGCCGAUAGUGCUGACUUGGUUUGGAGAAAUGUUAAAGAAACUGUUGUUAUUCCUGUUAAAUCUACUGAUAAAAUUGAUUUCGCCAAGUUGAAACAAUACGAUAUUUGCUUAACUGGAUACGCAUUGAAUUUGUUGAGUGGACAUGAACAAUUACUUCCUUUGUUGAAAAAGACUUGGAUUUAUGCUAGAGUUUCACCAGCACAAAAGGAGUUUAUUUUAACCACAUUAAAAGAUGCUGGGUAUAACACAUUGAUGUGUGGUGAUGGUACCAAUGACGUUGGUGCAUUGAAACAAGCCAAUAUUGGUGUAGCUCUUUUGAAUGGUACUGAAGAAGGCAUGAACAAGAUUAUUGAAAACAGAAAGAUUGAAGCUACCAAAAAGGUUUAUGAUAAACAAGUACAAUUGUUUGCCAAUUGGGGUAAGCCAGCACCAAAUGUGCCACUGAUUAUUGCCCAUUUGUAUCCCCCAGGACAAAACAACCCCAAGUAUUUAGAAGCAAUGGAAAAGAAAGGUGUGCCAAUUACCGAAGAUAUGAAGCAAGCAGUAGCAUUGGCCAUGAAACAACCAGUGAAAGUCCCUCAACCGGGUCAGUCACCUGUCCCUGCUGAUGGUGGAAAAUUCGCCGAUACGAUUCUUGGUGCAUUGAAUGAUGCCGAAGCUGAAGAUGAAGUUCCAACUUUGAAAUUGGGUGAUGCGUCAGUUGCAGCACCAUUUACCUCGAAAUUGGCUAACGUUAACACUGUUACCCAUAUUAUUCGUCAAGGACGUUGCGCUUUGGUGUCAACUAUUCAAAUGUACAAGAUUUUGGCCCUAAACUGUUUGAUUUCAUCUUAUUCGCUUUCAGUGUUGUACUUGGCCGGUAUGAAAUUUGGUGAUUCACAAGCAACCAUUUCGGGUAUAUUGUUGUCAGUUUGUUUCUUAUCGAUUUCUCGUGGUAAGCCAUUGGAAAAACUAUCCAAAGAAAGACCACAAGAUGGAAUUUUCAACACCUAUAUCAUGGGAUCAAUUUUGGGACAAUUCUUCAUCCACAUUGUCACUUUGGUUUACAUCACUCGUGAAAUCUACAUUGUUGAACCAAAAGAGCCCUCAGUCGAUUUGGAAAAGAAAUUUACUCCAUCGUUGUUGAACACUGGUAUGUUUUUGUUACAAUUAGCCCAGCUGGUUUCUACAUUUGCCGUCAAUUACAUUGGAUUGCCAUUUAGAGAAUCUCUUACCGAUAACAAAGGUAUGUAUUAUGGAUUGUUGGGAGUUGCUGGCUUAACAUUUGCUGGAUCUACUGAGUUUAUUCCUGAAAUUAAUGAAGCUAUGCAAUUUGUGCCAAUGUCGACGGAUUUCAAAGUUAAGUUAACUGGAUCAAUUAUUGUUGAUUUGGUUGCUACUUGGGCAAUUGAAACAGUGUUGAAACAUUUCUUUAUGAAUUCCCAAGCUGCUGAUAUCGCAUUGAGAGAUGAGGAUUUUGAAUCAACUGGUGGAAUUGAAACUGUUGAAGUAGUUGAGGAAAAGAUUGAAGUAGAGUAG